AAUAAAUGUGAUUUGCAGCAGAUGUGGAGAUUAAAUGGGAUUAAAGGGGGGAAAAAGGACAAUGUCCUUAUUUAAUAAUAAUCAUUUGUUUUUUGGGGGUAAAAGUCGAAAGAAUAAGACUAAUUCAAACUUUUUUUUAUAUAACUAAAUAUAUUUCCCCCCCAAUGGUUUAACUCUUUAGCAUAAAGUGAAGACCUGAGACACAAGAGGCCGCUCUCGAGGUGAAAAGGGCGAGAACCAGUGCAGUGAUACUUGUCUUUUGACAGCGGCUCCCACACAAACCGGGAUAAAGACGCAAAUAUGCGGGAACAGAGACAGCGAUAUGGGAGUUAAGAAGAAAAGCCAGCAGCUGUGAAUCGUCCUGCCGGUGCUCGAAGCAUAAUUACCACCCGCUCGCUUAGGUAUCGGUGGAAAAGCAGAUGGAUUUCGGUGCCGCACUUCGCUGUAACUGGAUUUGUUGUUAUUAGCCGCUAAUGCUAACUUAAGAAGUUGCGAGUUAGCUGGCCUAGCUUGGCAAUGGUCAGUGCGAGGAGAAGAUAAUUAGCCACUUAUGUUUGCUUUCAAAGUACUUAGUGGCACCCGGUGAUUUAGCAGGGGAGGCUGUUAAACUGAUGGAGACGACGAACUUGGAUUACAGAAGUCCCAGAACCGCAGUUUUACGAAGUCCCAAUCCUGGGAGUCUCCUAGCUCCGGAGAUAGCCACCGCUGUCCCAGGAAGAAUGAGCAGAAAACAACGCCACUUUAAAGGAGCCGAAGUCAGCUGCUGCGUCAAAUACAUUUUAUUUGGAUUCAACAUUAUAUUCUGGUUACUUGGAGCAGCAUUCUUGAGUAUUGGCCUGUGGGCAUGGGCGGAGAAGGGCGUGCUGUCCAAUAUCUCAUCAAUCACAGAUCUGGGGGGUUUGGACCCAGUGUGGCUGUUCAUCGUGGUGGGAGGGGUCAUGUUCAUCCUUGGCUUCGCCGGCUGUAUUGGAGCUCUCAGAGAGAACACAGUGCUGCUUAAAUUUUUUUCCGUGUUCCUGGGUUUGAUCUUCUUCUUGGAGCUGACUACAGGGAUCCUGGCCUUUGUCUUUAAGGAUUGGAUCAAGGAUCAGCUAAACUUUUUCAUCAACAAUAAUGUCAAGGCCUAUCGCGAUGACAUCGACUUACAAAACCUCAUUGACUUUGCCCAGGAAUACUGGUCAUGCUGUGGAGCCCAUGGACCUGAUGACUGGAACCUCAACAUCUACUUCAACUGCACUCCCAACAAUCCCAGCAGGGAGCGCUGUGGAGUUCCCUUCUCCUGUUGCAUCAAAGAUCCAGCCGAGGACGUGAUCAACACACAGUGUGGUUAUGAUGUCCGCCGUUUGACGGAUCUGGAACGGCAGCCUUUUAUCCACACCAAAGGCUGCGUGGGGCAGUUUGAGAAGUGGCUCCAGGACAACCUUAUUUUAGUAGCUGGGAUAUUUGUCGGAAUUGCACUUUUACAGAUUUUUGGUAUCUGCCUCGCUCAAAACUUGGUGAGUGACAUCAAAGCCGUUAAAGCCAACUGGUGACAGGAAGUGAACUCUCACUAGGUCGAAACUGCCCGUCCGGCUGAGGAUUUACACAUUCUCACGCAUACAUGUGUGCAGACUCAAAACUGGGGAGCAAAUAUGCCACGUUGACCAAAACAGCUGGGAUGUUCAUCCAAAUGUGUGAUUUUUUUUUUUAAUUUACUUCCAUAUUACCCUGUGGACAAAUGUAUUUUUAUGGCACGCAGUUGCACAAAGGCCUCUGUGAGACGGAAGACUGGAAGUCAUGGAUAAAAGUGAACUACGGAGGAAGGUGACGGCAUGCUUCCCUUUAUAGGUCAGUCAUCACGGAGCCUGUUGGUUUACACUUUAGUUCCUACAUCCUGCUCCAGAGGAUGCUGCGUGGCUCACCCAGUGUGUCAUCCCCCCAUUUGUUGUGGACCUUGAAAAAAAGUCUUUUUUUAUCCUUAAGCCAUUGCAGGAAUAUUGUUUGAAUUGUUCAAAGUGCCAUUAAUUAAUGUUUUGCUUAUCCUAACACCCCUUUCUCCUCAGGGUUUGGCUGAAAAUGUUCUGCCACAUGUUGAAAUCAUAUCUAUUGAAUUUGAAUGGAGAAACUUUAUGCAGAAACAGUGGCAGUUCCUCAAAAGUCAACCUGUUUGCCCUUUAGGGAUUUUACUCUCAAGAAGUUGCUGACAGAUUUUCGCUGGUCUUGUACGGAAUGCCCCGCUGAGAUUAGGAUUGCAGGUCGUUUAAAGAUGCUGUUUUUUAUUUUUUAAAUGUCUGAGCGUCCCUCUGGCACACGGGAUCGCUCGUUUGAGGCCUUUUUUACUUGAUGCUUGUCACCACACCUGUUUUACCACGUGUUUUCUGCAUAUUUUUUUUUUUAAUCCCUCUAUCCAUAUUUCAAUUUGUGUCUUACGAUAAAUGCAUAUGUUCUUGCUUUUAUUUUGUAUUUUUUCGCCGGGCACUUGUUUUACCUCGGACCCCCCCACGGUCAAUGGCAAGGUGGGUUCUGAAUGUCCAUGUUAGCAGUCCUUACAGAGAACAAAUAAAGUCUGACUACAUUUUGUCAGGCUGCCAUUCUGAAUUGUAUGAAAACUGACUUCAAAUAUGAUGCUAGCAUUUAAAAGUAGUAUAAAUGUGAUUUUUUUUUUCUUUUGUCUGUGUCGAAAGUGCCAGUUAAACAGAGGAAUUAAAUAUGUUGUUUUAUCUUUUGUUCA